GAGAAAUGGAAACAGCUCCAGCUGCCUCAGAAUCUAAAGAAAGGGAUGGAGGUGAAGAAAGUCAAGAAAUUGUCUCUGAAGAAGUCAAGAAGCUCAGAGAAAGAAUCAAGAUGGAAGAGCGGAAGUCUAAAAAUAUCGAUAGUCAGAUCGAAGCAGUCCAGAAUCAAAUUCUUAAGGAAAAGAAUGAGAUGAAAGGCAUCACUCCUCAAGAAAAGCACUCUAAACUAGUCAAGGAGAUCAAGCAAUAUGAGCAUAAGCUUGAUAAGCUGAACCAGAAAUAUAAUGAAACUGUGGCUAACAACAAAAAGUUGAGAGAGGAUAUCGAUUCUUUAAGAAGAGAAAGACUUGUCUUUGAACAAAUUUAUACUAAACUAACCUCAGACUUAGAAGCAAAGAAGAAGAAAAUGGCUAAAAUUGUGGAAACUGUCAACAAUGCUAACAUUGAGAGAGAACAAGCGACUAAUGAACUGGCUGAUCUUAUCAAGCAGGCUGAACAAGAGAAGAAAGAAUUCGAUGAAGGGAUCAAUAAUAUUAAUGCUAAAAUAGCUGAAGAGAAAGCUAAGAAAGAAUCGUUAAAGCAAAAGGAGCAAGAAUUGAUUCAUAUGGAGAAAGUUCAUAAAGAAGCAAGGCAAGCUGAGGAAGAAUAUGCUCAGAAACAGAACAGAAAGAAUGCUAAUGGGUAUUCAAGCGAGAAGGUUCAAUGCCUCAUCCCUCAAGAGAAGCUUAAUGAAUAUCAAGAGGCCUUUAAGAAGAUAGCAGAGAGCACUAAAGUCAAAGAUAUUGAUGAACUCGUCAAGAACUUUAUUGAAGCAGAAGAGAGAAAUUUCUCCCUUUCAAAGUUUGUAGAAGAGCUGACCCAAGAAUCAGAAGAACUUGACACCAAAAUAGAAGACAUUAAAGAAGAAAUUGAAAUGUAUAAAAACCAAGGUCUUGGCUAUGAUAAUGAGAAGAAGAAAUUGCAAAAAGAGCUAGAGGAGAAGAUAGCUGAAAAUGAGAAAGAGUAUCAGAAGAAUCUCAUUGAGUAUCAAAACUCUGUAGAUAAGAUCAAUAAUAUCAAACAGAGUAUCGAUGAAAUAUUUGAUCUCGUUGAUAAUGAGACAAGUAAGAAAUAUAAAGAGAUGUCAAAAUCUAUGGGAACAACUCAUGACAACAUUAUGAGUUAUCUUGGAAUGGUAGAAGAGAUGAUCAAUGAUAUGAUCAAGCAAUAUGCUUAUUAUCUCGCUCAGAAUUUGAAAGCCAAUAAUGAUAUUAACCCAUCUGAUCCUACUAUCGUUACUCUUAAUAAUAUCCUGAUGGUUGCACCAAAGACAGAUUAUGGGUCAAUAAAGAACAAUUUGGAGAUUCCUAGCGAUCAGCUGGAAGCUCAUGAUGUUGAUGAAGAUAUUGAGUCUGUACCUCUUUCAUUUGAAAAACUUCAGAAGAUCGCAGAGAAUAAACAUUUAUCUGGUUAAAUUUUCA